AUGGUAUUGGUAGAGGUCGCUAUCGGUGUUAUCGUCACAUUACCUUAUAGUAUUUACAAUUAUUUCUAUACCAGUGCUGUGACAUUUCCUGAUCAAAUUAGUGUCGCAGAAAAUCAAUUUAUUAGUUCAGUGACGCGCAUUAUUUUCUAUGGAAAUUUUUCGUUACCAUUCUAUAUUAAUUGUUGUGUAUCGCCACGUUUUCGUCGACAAUUAGUGCAUGUUCUCCUUCACAUCCAUUUGAAGUACUGGCAAAAAAAGAUAAAUCGUCGUCGCAUGAAUCAAAUUACUCCACAAUCACCAGUUGAUGCCAACAUAGUGUUGUCAUUAACUGCAUUCUGA